UUCCCCAAUUAUUUCGAUUCUGGUUCGUCGCGAUGGUGCCGCCGCUCCCCUCCGCCUCACCUCCAUGCGUUUCUCCAGAUAGCGCCGCCACCCCACUCUGGCUGGCCUGAAUUGCUCGCGUGGAUCCUUGGCGCCGGCUAUCUGCUCCCCCUGAAUCCUUUAGCGCACUGAUCAUGAUGGCGCCACCAUGAUUCGCGACUCCGAGCUCCUCCCCCACCGCGCCAUCCCGCCCCCUCGCUGCCUCCACCAUGGCCCCAGUUCUGUUUCUGAGCGGGGAAGCAGGAUCUCCACCGGCGUGGUGGGAGAACAUCUCCCUGAGCUGGCUGCGCCCUGCAGGCCCUGCAAGCCACUCCCCCUCCCCCCCCCCGAUGGCCAACUCCCUCCUCGCCCCUUCGGCCUCGACGGGUGUCCAACUUUGCAAUUCGCCAUCAGGUCUGGCCGUGUCUUCGCACACAUCAACAUUGCCGAGAUCGCAAUACUUGAGGUCUGUGAAGGGUAGGCUAAAUGUUCAAGAAGGGGAAGGGCGAACGAGCAAGAAAAGAAAGUCUCCUUAUACAACCUUGUUGCUCUUCAGGUCCCCAUUGAGCCGAAUGUUACUGUCACCACAGUUGAGGUCCCCUACAACAGGACAUGGGAGAUCACCAUUGGCUACAAGAUGCUCAAGAGCAGUUAAUGACAUUGACUUAAAUUUGGAUGUGUAUGAAGAUGCCUCAGAGAACGCUCAAAGUGGCUUUAUUGAUGGGGCUGAUCCACAAGUUCGUGAAGAAGAUGAAAAUGAGUCUAACAUAGGGGAUGUUUUUAGUGAUGGGGCUGAUCCACAUGCUCAUCAGGAAAAUGAAAAUAACUCCAACACAGGGGUUGAUCUACAAGCUCAAGAGAAUGCACGGAGGAGAGUAGUAGUGCCCAAUGAGAAAUGAAGAGCAAUUUUUGAAGCAUUGGUAGCAAAGGCCAGGAUUGGAAAUUUGAAGGGCCAUGAGACGAAAGAAAUUUCAGAGGAAUUCUCAGUACCUCUCCGGACAGUACAACGUAUCUGG